UUACAUUUUUGUGUGAACGUUUUGCGAACAUUUGAACUCAUUUGAGCAGUGUCGGUUGAACGGUUACGGGCUCGAUCCUCCGUGUGUUGACCUUUUUUUUUCUGACUCUUCGUUACCUCGCGUGUGUUUACCAUGGCUCCAGCUGUGGCGGAGUUGCUGCAAAGCCAAGCGGAUUUGUUUACUCGCAUCGACAAUUUCAAACGUAACACCGACAAGUUAGGGAAGGAUAACCUGACUGUCACUGUUUUGAAAUCACGACAGCGCCUUCUCAACUCUUACUGGGAGAAGUUUACUAAUAAUCACGAUGCAAUUGUGCGUCUACCGGAAUCCAAGGCGACCGAAUACACCGCGAAAGGGGUUUACGAUGAAGUGGAGGCGCAAUUUGUGCUUCGCGAUUCAGAAUUGAGCGAUCUGAUAGCCGCUGCAGAGCGUGCCAAUGGGACCAGUGCAUCUUCGGGCUCGUCAGCUGCAGUACACAAAUCCCCGGAAGUGGUACUCCCGCCGAUCACUUUGCCGACUUUCUCAGGAGAGACGCUCGAAUGGGAAUCGUUUCGCGACCGGUUCCGAUCGUUAAUCCACGACAAUGAUCGUCUGUCGGAACUUCAGAAGCUCCAAUACCUCAAGGGAGCGUUGCGAGGCGAAGCGGCAAGGGUGGUGGAGGCCACGCCAACUAUGGAAGGCUGUUAUGCAGGUGCGUUUGAAUCACUCGAACGUCGAUUCGGUAACCCGCGCAUGCUGUCGGCUGCCCAUCUUCGUCGGUUAAUCCACAGCAAGGCGAUCAGCAAGGCAACUCCUCAGGACUUCAAACGAAUUCUUGACGAAUUUCGAGGGUCGCGCCUUGCUCUGAAGGCCCUGGGCAGGCCGGUGGAUCAUUGGAACGAGCUGUUCGUUCACCUGCUCUCAGAGAAGCUCGACACGGCCACGCGGAUAUCCUGGGAAUCUUCGUUGGAUGAUCCCACGAGAGUUCCAGCUUUCGAGGAUUUGGAGAAGUACCUGGAAACUCGUGUCCACGCUCUCAGCUUCGCGCAAGAACGGGAUCGAUCGUCUCCAUCUGUCACCGUCAAGGAUCAAAAACGCCCGGCUACUAUCACCCCCCGGGAGCGGUCUGCCCUUGCAGUGCAGGUAGCCAACGAGCCCACGCCGAAGUCGAAGACAGGUCGCGUCUGCCCAAAGUGCUCCGGCCCUCAUCAACUGGGUUUUUGCCCCCGGUUCAAGGCUCUCAACCCCUUGGAACGGAGAGACUUCGUGGAUGCACAUGCGCUCUGUAGCUCGUGUUUGAGCCCUGGACAUACUACGAAGUCAUGCAAAUCAUCGUAUGACAAGUUAGGGAAGGAUAACCUGACUGUCACUGUUUUGAAAUCGCGACAGCGCCUUCUCAACUCUUACUGGGAGAAGUUUACUAACAAUCACGAUGCAAUUGUGCGUCUACCGGAAUCCAAGGCGACCGAAUACACCGCGAAAGGGGUUUACGACGAAGUGGAGGCGCAAUUCGUGCUUCGCGACUCAGAAUUGAGCGAUCUGAUAGCCGCUGCAGAACGAGCCAAUGGGACCAGUGCAUCUUCGGGCUCGUCAGCUGCAGCACACAAAUCCCCGGAAAUGGUACUCCCGCCGAUCACUUUGCCGACUUUCUUAGGAGAGACGCUCGAAUGGGAAUCGUUUCGCGACCGGUUUCGAUCGUUAAUCCACGACAAUGAUCGUCUGUCGGAACUUCAGAAGCUCCAAUACCUCAAGGGAGCGUUGCGAGGCGAAGCUGCAAGGGUGGUGGAGGCCACGUCAACUAUGGAAAGUGCGUUUGAAUCACUCGAACGUCUAUUCGGUAACCCGCGCAUGCUGUCGGCUGCCCAUCUUCGUCGGUUAAUUCACAGCAAGGCGAUCAGCAAGGCAACUCCUCAGGACUUCAAACGAAUUCUUGACGAAUUUCGCGACUUGCUCGGUUAUUUUUAA